AUGGUGCACCAGUACAACUGUGCAUCAUUGACCAGUAUCAAUCCUUUAGUCCACAUAACCCAUUCCUCCAGAGGAUCCUGCAUUGCAGUCUUGUAUUCGCUUGUGCAUCAGCUAAUAGAAAUGUGCUGUGAUCUUGAAAUUGAUGUCAAUAGCCAGGAGACGUUCCUCGUGGACAAGAACUUCCUUGCAUGUUUUUCCGGUAGAUUGAGAAAAUUGUUCAGAAAGUUGACAGACAAGAAUGGUAGUCUCAAAUUGAUAUUCCAUGAUUUUCCUGGCGGACCUGAAGGUUUUGAACUACUUGCAAAAUUUUGCUACAACGGAGGCAAAAUUAACAUAACUCCCUCCAACAUAAUUUUAUUGCAUUCUGCUAGCACUUUUAUGGAAAUGGAUACGGAUAUUCACGGAGCACCCAGUUUGAUGAGCCAAACCAAAGAAUACUUCAAGAAAAUCCACCAAUUUGCCUUGCCUGAGCUACUUGAAUGUUUGAAGCAGUUUCAAGAUCUGCAGCAAACCAUGUACUCUUUAGAUAUGCUUGAGGAGCUUCUGGAUUGUCUGGUGGAAAGGCUUUCCUUGUAUUCUCUUAUCAUCCCGUAUAGUUCAUUGACGGACAGUUCUUGUAUACAGUUUUCAGGCGACUUUAGUUGUCAAAGCAUAGGCAACUUCAGCUCUCAAGCUUCGACUUGGUGGUUUGAAGACCUUGAAUUCUUGAAAGUUGACUUAUUUGAGAAGGUAGUGGAGACAAUGAUUGCGAAGAAAUUGGACAACUACGUUGUAUGUGCAUUCCUCUUACAUUAUCAGAAAGUGAAAAUUACUGGUGCUUUACGAGCUGAGAAAUGUAGAAUCACCGAGACUGUCAUCAAUCUUCUUCAUUUGUUGGAUAGGAGCCUUAUCUCCGUCAGAGGUCUAUUUGACAAUCUUCGGUUUUCUUUAGCGUUCAAAGUGAAAAGAUGUUCCAAGAAGAAGUUAGAAAGCCUAGUUGGUUCCCUGCUGGAUCAAGCAAAGUUGGAUGAUUUGUUUUUUCCAUCUCCACCUUGCAAAUGUUAUGCAUAUGAUGUGGAUUUGAUCCUAAGGUUACAGGAACAAUUCCUGAUUGAGAGUAGAGAGCAGUUUCUCGUGUAUCGACUCAAGAAAGUUGCCUCUUUGAUGGAUUUUUACUUAGUUGAAGUUGCCCCUGAUCCUCGUCUGGAACCUUCCAAGUUUGUCACAUUAGCUACAGCACUACCUGAAUAUGCAAGAGACUCUCAUGACAUGAUUUAUGAAGCAGUGGACAUAUAUCUCAAGGUCCACAAGAAGCUUUCAGAAGAAGAAAAGAUAAAGAUUUGUUGUGUCCUGAACUUUGAUAAGCUCUCAGCAAGGUCCUUGAUCCACCUAGUUCACAACAUGGAGUUUCCAGCUUGUGCAGCAGUCACUGCUUCUGUUUCUCAGCACUCAAAGCUUAGAGAAAUCCCCCGGAAAACAGGCCAUCUUGAGGUGCAUGAGGAUCUCAGGUCGCAUCAUAGUAGUGCGAAGGGAACUAGUGAGGAUGAGGAUCAAGUUGUUCGCAUGACUAAGCUUGAAUAUCAAACCAUAGAUAACAGGUUCAAAACUUGUACGCCAACAGAGACGUUUGACAGGGAAAAACAGACUAGAUCAACAUACAUGAAGAAAUUGAGUUCAAUCUUUCCAACCAAUCUGGACUCCAUCCUUGACAGGAAGCUACUUCAUUAA